CAAAUACCUCAGAGAACAGAAAUGCAGGAGGAGUGAAAAAUGCAGCAGCCAACUACAACAGCAGCGAAAGAGUGACAGCAGACAGACAAGAAGCAUUAUCAGUGGUGAGUGAGGAUCAAUCAUUAUUUGAAUGUGCUUACGGAACGCCACACCUUGGUAAGACUGAGAUGACUGCAUCCUCCUCCAGUGAAUAUGGACAGACUUCCAAGAUGAGUCCACGCAUCCCUCAGCAGGACUGGCUACCACAACCCCCACCCAGAGUCACUAUCAAGAUGGAAUGUAACUCUAAUCAAGUUAAUGGGUCAAGGAACUCUCCUGAUGACUGCAGUGUUACAAAGGGUGGGAAGAUGGUCAACAGUCAAGAAAAUGUUGGAAUGAAUUAUGGCAGCUUUUUGGAGGAGAAGCAAAUUCUGUCAACCAACAUGCCGAUAAAUGAACGAAGGGUUAUUGUGCCUGCAGAUCCUACAUUAUGGAGCACCGACCAUGUCCGGCAAUGGUUGGAAUGGGCAGUGAAAGAAUAUGGUCUUCCAGAUGUUGACAUCUUGCUAUUCCAGAACAUAGAUGGGAAGGAUCUGUGUAAGAUGACCAAAGAUGAUUUCCAAAGACUCACUCCAAGUUAUAAUGCUGAUAUCCUUCUCUCCCAUCUUCACUACCUCAGAGAGACUCCUCUUCCACAUUUGACGUCAGAUGAUGUUGAUAAAGCCUUACAAAACUCUCCUCGGUUAAUGCAUGCUCGAAACACAGGAGGAGCCGCUUUUAUUUUUCCAAACACUUCAGUAUAUCCUGAAUCCACACAAAGAAUUGCAUCUAGGCCAGAUUUAUCAUAUGAAGCAGCCAGGAGAUCAACCUGGACAAGUCAUAGCCACACUACACAAUCAAAAGUUACUCAGCCAACUUCUUCAACAGUUCCCAAAACAGAAGACCAGCGUCCCCAGUUAGAUCCAUAUCAGAUUCUUGGACCAACAAGUAGCCGUCUUGCAAAUCCUGGGAGUGGGCAGAUACAGCUUUGGCAGUUCCUUCUGGAGCUUCUAUCAGACAGCUCAAAUUCCAACUGCAUCACUUGGGAAGGCACCAAUGGAGAAUUCAAGAUGACAGACCCUGAUGAAGUUGCCCGUCGCUGGGGAGAACGCAAAAGCAAACCGAACAUGAACUAUGAUAAGCUUAGUCGUGCAUUACGUUACUACUAUGACAAAAAUAUUAUGACUAAAGUUCAUGGCAAGCGUUAUGCUUAUAAAUUUGACUUCCAUGGAAUUGCUCAGGCAUUGCAGCCCCAUCCUCCUGAGUCUUCUUUGUACAAGUAUCCGUCAGACCUCCCUUACAUGGGCUCCUAUCAUGCUCAUCCUCAGAAGAUGAACUUUGUUGCUCCUCAUCCUCCUUCUUUGCCUGUGACAUCUUCCAGUUUCUUCUCUGCCCCUAACCCAUACUGGAAUUCAUCAACUGGAAGUAUCUACCCCAAUACCAGGCUUCCAGCAAGCCACAUGCCUUCUCAUUUGGGGACUUACUACUAAAGGAAAAGUGACAUUCCUCCACAAUAUAAAAUUUCCCAUUGAAGUUUUAUAAAGUCUGCUAGAGACAACAUGAAGUAGAAAGAAAAGAAUGAAAAAAGUUGAUUAUAUGUCAGGUUGGGGGGCAAAAGUGGGAGGAAGGGAAAGAGAACAAACAGUUCUUUAGAGAUAGGGAAUUAAUAAAAUUAAUGCUUAAAAAGGCAAAGAUGAUGCUAAAUGUAAUACGAAUGAAGCAUGAAGUGAUCAUGAUCAAGAGAAAUGUGGCUUUAAUGAGUUGAUAAGCUUCAGAGUAAAAGUUUGGUAUCCACAUGCUAACUGGGACUAUACUACAAUAUUAGGAUAACACAAUAUUGAUCUAACAUACAAUAUAUGAAUUCAUUUUUUAAACUCUGCCUGUAUUUAAAAUAGAAAUAUAUACACAUAUAUAGUGUGUAUAUAUACAUAUAUAUGAAUUUAUAGACUUACUUACACACAGACUCAGAAUGGUUUAUUGUGGAAGCCAAUGUGUGGAAUAUAAUGGCACUUGCUGUUUUGAUUAAAAUCAAAAUGGAGGGCUAUCAGCUAUUUUAAACUGUGAAGACUCCUCAGCAUUUUAGAUUCCUUAACAGUAUUACAAUAUAAUGUAAAGAGUUGGACUGAGAAUGUGCAUAAAAGAUAAGUGUAUGAUUGUAGACCAAGGAACUGCAUUUGCAACAGGAUAUUAGUGAGAAGCAGAAGAGGGCAAAAAAGAAUGAGAAAGAAACUACUUAACCAAGUAGAAAUUGAAUAUAUUUUGGAAAUAUGAAAAAUGACUUCAUAGGAUGAAAUAAAAUAUUAUCAGUGUUAUGCCAUACCUAGUAUUACAGUGAGGACACUGCUAAUUUUGAAUGAGUGAUGAAAGGGAAAAGUAGUGUGAAAUUCAGAAAUCAGAUCACAUAUGACUAUUAAAAGUUGUUGUUUUUUUAAACUGGAAUUAUCUGAUAUUUAGAAGAAUCAGUCAGGACCUCACCAUUUUCUUGGGGAAUAAGGUAAGAGACUGUCUUAAUGAUUAUUAUUAUCAGAAAUCACAUAGAUGGUUUGGUUAAAUGGGCAUCACUUUUCCUUUUUGAGUCACAAACGCUGUGCGUUUGUAAGAAUGAAAUAUACAAAUCAGUGGGCUUUUUCUUUUUUUUACAUAAUAAUUAUAUAACUUAUGCAUUUAUACACUACGAGUUGAUCUCGGCCAAUCAAAGACAAUGACACACAUACAAUGGAUAAUCAGAAAUAUUGUGGCCUUGAAUUUUAACUCAGUAUGCUUAAUGUUUACAGUAUGAAGUUAUUAAUAUUUAGAAUGCAGAAUGUAUGUAAUAAAAUAAGCUUGCCCUAGCUUUAUGAUUCUGAUUUAUAUAGUUGUCUGCAUUUUUAGUCACCAAUUUGCCUCCUCAUCAUAAUUGGUUAAAAAUGUUAAUCUUCAUUUUUGUCCCCUAAGAAAGUGAGAGAUAAGUAGAAAAGACUCCAAUGCUUUUUGACUAAAAUUAUAUCAUGACUCAAUACUUAGACAUUUUAUGCCACAUAGUUAUGAGAAUUUCUACCAAAUUCCCCCAUCUGUUUCCAUGCUGCUUAGUAUGCUCAUACCUCCUCUAUGGAGCAGUAGUAUUAAACAUUAUAUUAAUGGAUUAGUCAUACAAACUAAUUUGUACUUAUCAACAGAAAGGAAAGAAAAGUCUGAAACUGAGGAAUGAUUUUUGAAGCAAAAAUUUCAAUUCUGUCUGUAUCACAAAGCACUACAUGGUUCUUAAUAUCAUCAUAAAGCAUUAACUGAACCAUGAAAAACUUGCUACACUUAAAGAAACUUUAUCAUUAAUUCUAAAUAAAAUGUGUUACAAAAACCUUGUUAUUCCUCAGUUUAAAACAGUAGAGGGCAACAUCUUAAUGUGUUUUUUGGCUUUUUUUUUUUCAUUGUUUAAACUAAACUGAGUAUUACCUCUGACUUAAAACACAGGAAUCUGGGAACCAGAGUUAAGAGUUUAGGAACCUCUAAUCUUAUGUUUAUUAGUAGCUGUAUUCAGUAGACAUUGUUUCCAAGAUCUGUUAUGCCAAUGGACAUGUGAUUGCAUAAAUGUAAGUAUUCCCAUGUUGUGUCUACUGGAUCUCUUCAAUGUCUUCACUUAAGUUUGCCAUGCGGUGUCAAUUCUACAUAAUGAUGGGAUUGGGGGAAGGGAAGUGAGACACAAGAUUUGAGAGAUCUCCAAGUUCUCUAGUAAAGUCAACUUACCCUGAUUGAUUUGAAGACCAGUCCUGAAAACAAAGUAUAAUUGGGUCAGUUCACAGUAGUUUCAGGGCCACAUUAGCUUUACACAGUCCUUUGUCAUGAAGAAAACUUAGUUGUCAGACCUCUAUUUUGUGAAGUUUUGCCCAUAAUGCCUAAAAUUUUUAUAGAAUCACAUUACUCGAAUUCCAGACCCUGUUGACAUUUUUCAUAUUGCAAAUAGCCUCUAUCAUUAUGUUAAUAUUGAAAAUAAUUCCAUUUUGCUCUAGAUUAUACCUUGAUCCUCUAUCAUUAAAAAAACAACAACACUAGAAGCAAAGAAUUUGAAAACUAUACUACUGGGAAAGGUCCAUCACCUACUAUGUUAGAAGGUCGAGGCAAAUGUGUCUGCAUUCUACAUAUAAUUAUAAAUUGUACUCCCCUGGUGAUUCAAUGCUACCAUUUCCAUAGCAAAAUAAUUUUAAAAAUCAAAUUCAAUUUUCCAAAUGUCUUAAUUUAAGUUUCCUGCCCACACACCCCAAUCCAAGUUAUUUACAAAGUUGACAUUAAUACAAGC